CACAGGGAAGUUCUGCGGUGAACAAAGGGAUCCCCACCAGGAACUGAAGCAUCCCCAGCCUCCCAAGAUUGCCCUGGACGGGGAGGAGCGCCUGGCCUUGCCCUCCUGCAAUCUAGUCCAUGUCCUGGUUUCCUCUCACGUUCAAGUGAGGACUGAUCAGGUUGCUGUCAGCACUGCUGCUGAUAGAGCUCGGUUUCAACAAACAGCUCCUGCAGUUGUUGUCACUGGUAAUGAUAAUUUAAAAAUGGCUCAGUGGCUCACACAGAGCUGGCCUUGAAGGAGCCGAGAGCACCUGACGCCAUGUUGCAGGGUUGUGUCUCUUUGAGCUGCCCCGGGUCACUCACUUGGGGACAGGGCGGAGCCAGGCCUACAUCACAGAUGUCAGAAUCGAGGUCCAGGCCCACCGUUGCUGAGUGCUGCACCCCUGGAGCUCGAGCCACCAACGUGGGCCGGGAAUGCUGCCUGGAGUACUUCAGAGGGGCCAUUCCUUUCAGGAAGCUGGCGACCUGGCACAGGACCUCAGUGGAGUGUCCCAAGGAAGCCAUCGUGUUUGUAACUGUCCAAGGCAAGUCCAUCUGCUCAGACCCCAAGGACAUGAGGGUGAAGAAGGCAGUCAGGUACCUGAGAGACCCCACACAGCCCAAGGCUCUGUCACCCUAAAGUGCUGAUUUCUCCUGGACCAUUUGGAAAGUUCCAACCUCAGUGUUCACAACCCCAGACCCAAGCUGCCUGGGUCCAGUGGAGGU